AUGCGGCAACUCGUUGCCCUGAAAUUUUGUGCGGUGCAGGCGGAACUGAAAAAUGUGAAGAACAUGAAUUGGUGUAAGUUUAUUGUCGACUUCCUGCAUGAUGCAUUCUCAAGCAAGAUGUACCAAAAGGGUUGUCGACUGCAUUUAAUGCUCAUGUACGUCGACUAUCUUGAUCUGUCCACCGUGGAUUUCACUGGGACAGGAGGCCCGACGCCUACGCACAAGUUUGUUGUUUCUGCGUGGACUAUCAACACUGUCAAGGAUGUGCUUACCGCAAACAGGCUGAUGGCCAAGCAUGCUAUAGACUACAACGUGUUUGAGGGGCCUCAAAACUUUGGAAAGUGGAUGGACGUGCACUCAGCUUCAUCUUGCCCUACUGAGGCGAGGGCACCUGUUGAGCAUCUAAUUAGGCAGUUUGCAUCCGGAAUGACUGGCUUGCUCGGGAAGUUGGUUGAGGGGUGGACGUCCCUCAGUGGCUCUGACAGCGACGCGGUUGCGAGGCAGUUCACUUCAUUUGUCCCAGAACGUACACAUCAGCCAACUGGUUGCCGUGGCCGGGUGAAGAAGACUACUACGCGUGGGGCCAAGCAUAUUAGUAAGGACCCACUCGAACGCCUUCAUUCAAAGUUGUCAACAUGGGGCAACUUAGAUGUUCAUGAGGCGCCAGGUGACAAUACUGCUGCUGCACCGUCAACUGCUCCCACUAACUCUGACGCAAGUGGCCGACCAUCUCCGCCGGCUGCAGAUGUGCAGGCUAGAACAAUAGGCAUCCGUACAUCGGGGAGUGACGAGUCGGUAUCUACGAGGACAGCUGAAAUAUUGCCAACUCUUCUGGCAAUGAAGGAUGCUGAUGUGAGCCAUGCCACCCCAUCAGCAAGCGUUAAAGUGGACGCUCCUGAGACCAACCUAAGCAAGGAAGAUUCCCACUCAUCUGACACUGAUUCCAAGCGCGUGCGUGCUGGCACUCCUGUGUCCACGGCAGAAGUGGCUAAGGCGGCAGUUCACAAUGAUAUGCCAUCUACAGGUGAGAGUCUUGGCACAACAGCUCCAGCUCCUGUCGGUGCAGAUACUGCUAAGGCGACUGUUUCACGUGCUGGUCUUCCACCUAGGCGUCGUAGCCCCCGCAAGCAAUCAACAGACAUACACAAUGCACCAGCUAUAGCUAGGAGCAGCAGAGACGAGUCUGGUUAUGUUCCUGCGUCCACACUGUUCCCGCCACCUGCCAAAAGCAGUGUGAUGGAGAAACCGGAAGACCGGAGCACAACUGAUGCAGGUGUCAAGUCGGGCACGAGUGACGCAGGUGAACGUUCAGAGCAGACUGCGCCUUUACCUGCAGUGGAAAUCCCCAGCUUAAAUCUGCACACUUCCAGGCUCCCAGUCAAUGUGGGUGUCCCAUAUAGCCCAAACAAGAAGAUUGUCAAGAAAGCUGCGGCUGAUACCGCUGACAACACGCCCCGCCCUACAAAUAAGCCCGAUCAUUCUGUAGCGGCCAAUUCAGAUAUGUUUGUUGAUCUUUCACCCUUGAAUUCUGCCCUGCAAGUUGUUUGUGGUCCGGCCAGUAGGCAUGAGAGGCACCCAAUGGCCUUCACCCCACCGAGCUUUAGUCUUGGCAUUAGUCAAGAUCAACCAGUGGUGCCAGAUCCUAUGCCAGUUGCCUUUGCUUUCCCGGGAGGCAUGCCCACAAUGAUGGCGCAGCCAAUGGUCGGGCAGGAAGGUUGUCAAGUUCGCAGAGCCAAUAGUCCAAGGAUCGAGGAGGCAGCAUUGCAGAGGAGGUCCUCACGAGGGCAGGGGCAAUCAAGUUCCAACGUGCCUGUAGAUACGAUAUCUGAGGAUACCAUUAGGAGUGCCACCCCUGGUUCUGUGAGGCAGCAGAGGGUAGUUCACCCACCUCCCGUGGAAGACUACGAGCCCGAAUUCAGGGCCACAAAGGAACAGACCCAGCUGUACGAUAUUGUCAAGCGGUUUGGAAAUGCGAGGGCUAGCAGCAAGCACAUGAAGGAGCUGAAAGCGUAA